AUCUGGGACUCUCUUCCUGAUCUGGGAGUUGAUCUCACCAGCUUUAAGCAUCAACAGCACUGUCAUUUAAUCCUACUCACUUUUAUAUACAUUUCCAAAAGUUGUACGGAAUUUUUUUUUGAUUAAAGUGAUCCGACCCACAGUGAUGGCUACAAUAAUGAGCCCAUACUCAUGGACAGAGGGUCUGGACUCUCCUGCUGGCGAAGGAAAGCCAAGGGCUGGGCUCACAGCUCACGAAUCUUCAGGCAGGAACAAAGCUGAGCCACGAAUCCGGAGACCCAUGAAUGCAUUCAUGGUCUGGGCUAAGGAUGAGAGGAAACAACUAGCAAUCCAAAACCCUGAUCUACACAAUGCAGAGCUCAGCAAAAUGCUGGGCAAAUCAUGGAAAGCACUCAGUCCUUCACAGAAGAGGCCUUUUGUGGAAGAAGCUGAAAGAUUGCGAGUCCAGCAUAUGCAGGAUCAUCCUAAUUACAAAUACAGGCCACGGAGGAAAAAACAGAUCAAACGUCUCUGCAAACGUGUAGACCCCAGCUUCCUGCUCAACAACUUCCCCCAUGAUCAGCCUCCUGUCCACACUGGAAGAAUGUGCAGUAGACCUCUGGAGGAGGAAGAGGAUAAAGGCUAUCCACCAGCCUCAAGACUUCCUGCAAUCAGGAGAUUCAGGGAAACACAGACAACAAACAACAGCUUCGACAACUAUGGACUACCCACUCCUGAGAUGUCCCCUUUAGAUGUGAUUGAUUCCGAUCACAGUUUCUUUCCACCUCCAUGUACAGAAGAUUCACCCUCUCAGAUGAAUGGAAUAAUGUAUCGGUCAGAUUACAGUCAAAGCCCCAUUCAAUGUGGACAUCUCAGUCAGAUUUCAAUCCCCCAGAAUAGAUCUACCACAAUGCACCCUGCAGCCAGCCAUCCUCCACCACCUCCUUAUUAUAACCGGCUCCAGCAUCCAGCCUUCCAGUCCAUGAACUCAGGCACAUCUGUCCACCUUUCUCCCCCUCAUGACCACCAUCAUCUAGAUAACCUGGAACAUAUCAGCCAGGCUGAGCUUUUAGGAGAAGUGGACCGCAAUGAGUUUGAUCAGUAUUUGAACACCUCUAGUCAUCUAAAUCAAGCAGGGAUGGUAAUUAAUUCACAUCUACCUGACGUCAGUUCAUCUGGAGGCACAAGUUCAGAGAGGAGCCUUAUAUCUGUGUUAGCAGAUGCUACUGCAGCAUAUUACAAUAGCUACAGUGGCUCCUAGACCAAACAAGUGACCUGAACUUUUCUGAGUAACAACAGUAUUAUUUACAAAGAUCGCUGGACAUUGAAAUAUCCUCAGGAUAGCAAAAUAUAGUAGUAAUGAAGGUCCGCCAAUAUAUUUAUGUAAAUAAAUUCUUAAGACACUUUCAAAAAUCAAAAACCUACUUGACUCUGUCCAUCUCUUUCCAUAGCUCUUUAUUUUCUGUAGCUUUUCUGUUUGUAAAUAGUUUAAGACGUAUUUAAUAUCCAGUGACUUUUUAAAAAUUGUUGGUUUGUAAGCCUUUACACUCUGAAUAAAUAUAAUGGAUAAUGAAUUUAUCUCUGAAUAAAUUCAUAAA